UGUAGCACUGUAGCCUUUGCACAGAAACUGUUUUAGAUUCCAGCUUUCACUUUUUAAGUUCAUUUUUAAAUCUCUCUGUGUGGCUUUACACAUGAGGAACAUUCUAAGAAUGAUUGUUCAAAGCGUCUUAAACACAUCAAAAGAGAACAUUUGGCAACUGGGGAGGAGCGGCCUGAAACAGAGAAAUGGGAAAAUAGGCAAAAUAAUGAAAAAAAAGAUGAUAUUAACUGUGUUCCUGAGUAACAAUGAACAGAUUCUGACUGAAGUGCCAAUUACACCUGAAACAACCUGCCGAGAUGUGGUGGAAUUUUGCAAAGAACCUGGGGAAGGUAGUUGCCAUCUUUCUGAAGUCUGGCGUGGAAAUGAAAGACACAUCCCCUUUGAUCACAUGAUGUAUGACCAUCUACAGAAGUGGGGACCCCGUAGGGAGGAGGUCAAGUUUUUUCUUCGACAUGAAGAAUCCCCAACAGAAAGUAGUGAACAAGGCCGUCAGACUCAAAACCAAAGGAACGGAAUCAGUAUACCUGGGGAGAAGCGUUCUGAAAAUGGGGUUGGAAACCCACGUGUUGAACUCACACUUUCAGAACUUCAGGAUAUGGCUGCCAGGCAACAGCAGCAGAUUGAAAAUCAGCAGCAAAUGCUGGUUGCCAAGGAACAACGUCUACGUUAUCUCAAGCAGCAAGAACGCCGUCAACAGCAGUCUGUGUCUGAGAGUGAAAAGCUUCAGAAACUUAAAGAACGAGUGGAAACCCAGGAGACAAAGCUGAAAAAAAUCCGUGCCAUGAGAGGGCAGGUGGAUUACAGCAAGAUUAUGAACGGCAAUUUGUCCACUGAAAUUGAACAUAUCAGUGCCAUCUUCCAGGAAAAGCAACAAGAGCUACAAGCUGCAGUGUUAAAGGUGGACCAGCUUACUCAACAGCUAGAGGACCUGAGAAAAGGGAAGCUGAAUGGGUUCCAGUCUUACAAUGGACAGAUGACAGGGCCUGCCGCUGUAGAAUUAAAAAAAUUAUACCAAGAGCUACAGAUUCGUAACAGGCUUAAUCAGGAACAGAACACCAAGCUUCAGCAGCAGAAAGAACUUCUGAAUAAGCGUAACAUGGAGGUUGCCAUGAUGGACAAGCGUAUCAAUGAGCUACGUGAGCGCCUAUACAAGAAAAAAGUUGAGUUAAACCGGAUAAACGGAACAUCCUCUCCUCAAUCGUCGUUGAAUGCUUCAGGCAGAGUUGCAGCCGUGGGGCCAUACAUUCAAGUUCCCAGCUCCAGCAGCUAUGCCGUGCCAGUUGACCCAGUGAAACCACAGUCCCUCACUAUUACUACUAGUGCAACUCACGGAAGAUCGAAAUCUGCUAACGAGGGAACCUGGUCAGCAGUUAAGCAGAGUCCUGUUCCUGUGGUGAAGCCGCCACAAAUCUCCAAUGCCGACUGGAAGGAAUCAAGCAUGGAUGCUGGUUUAAAACAAGGAACGAUAUCAAGUCAGCCUUUGUCUUCUUCAUUAGGAAGUACUGAUAAACUGGGUCUUGAUAUAGGGAAAGUACCACCUACCAUCCCUGGAGCAAGUAAGCAGUUGCCCCAGAACUAUGGGACCUACCCAAGCUCCAUUCCAUUGGCAGGUUCUACCAAUUCCCUUGAAAGGCGAAAAGAUGGCAGCCUCCCAAGACCAGGCUCUACAGCUGCAAGCCGGCAAAGACCUGUUCCGUUACCACCAGCAAGCAGCGUUCAUCAGCCAAGCUCCUCGCAACAAAUACAGCAGAGAAUAUCUGUGCCCCCAAGCCCCACAUAUCAACCUUCUGGCGCCCCAUUAUUUCCAGGUGGUGAUGGCAGGCCUGAUCUCCCCUUAACUGUGGCCAUCAGGCCUUUCUUAGCUGACAAAGGCUCAAGGCCCCAGUCUCCCAGGAAAGGGCCCCAAACCGUGAACUCCAGUUCCAUCUAUUCCAUGUACCUUCAGCAAGCGACACCACCAAAGAACUAUCAACAGGCUGUAUACAAUACCCUGAACAAGUCCGUUAAAGCAGUUUAUGGGAAGCCUGUUGUACAGUCCGGUUCGACUUCCCCUUCGCCGUUGCCAUUCCUUCACAGCUCUUUGCCUGCCAAUCCAUCACAGCCUCAACCUCCCGAGUACAGUGAAAAAGAUCAAGAACUGGAAAACAUCCCACCCUCUGGCGAUAACAGCAAUGUAGAAAACAUCCCUCGCCCCCUCAGUCCCACCAAGCUCACGCCCAUCGUGCAUUCGCCCCUUCGCUACCAAAGUGAUGCCGAUUUGGAAGCCCUUCGCAGGAAACUCGCCAAUGCUCCCAGGCCCUUGAAGAAGCGGAGUUCCAUCACUGAACCAGAAGGCCCCAGUGGGCCAAACAUUCAGAAGCUAUUGUACCAGCGCUUUAAUACCCUGGCCGGAGGAAUAGAAGGUGCCCCUUUUUAUCAGCCAAGCAACUCACAGGACUUCAUAGGCACCUUGGCAGAUGUUGACAAUGGGAACACAAACACCAAUGGCAAUAUUGAGGAGCCCGUAGCUGUGCCCCCGACAGCUCCUCUUCCUGAUGAGCCUUCAUCAGAUGCCAAUGAUAACGAACUACCUUCUCCUGCAACUGAGGAGUUGAUCAGUGAAGAAAACACAAAUCAAAUGCCCGAGACAACGGAGGAUGAUAACAACAACAACAACCCUGCUAUAGCCCCUUCUAUUGAGCGGCCACCUAGUCCAACCCCAGAGACAGAUUCCCCAGAAGAAGAGGAAAUGCAGCCGCCACCUGCUCUUCCUCCUCCUCCACUUCCUGCGACCAAAAGGACCAACCUGAAGAAGCCCAAUUCGGAGAGAACUGGCCACAGCUUGAGGGUCAAGUUCAAUCCCUUGGCUUUGCUGCUGGAUGCUUCUUUGGAGGGAGAGUUUGACCUGGUGCAAAGGAUCAUAUAUGAGGUGGAUGACCCCAGCAAACCUAAUGAUGAAGGAAUCACUCCUCUGCACAAUGCAGUGUGUGCUGGCCAUCAUCACAUAGUUAAGUUCCUGUUGGAUUUUGGUGUCAAUGUGAAUGCAGCAGACAGUGAUGGAUGGACUCCUUUGCACUGUGCUGCCUCUUGCAACAGCGUUCAUCUCUGCAAGCUACUUGUUGAAUCUGGAGCAGCAAUUUUUGCUUCAACCAUAAGUGACAUAGAAACUGCGGCAGACAAGUGUGAGGAAAUGGAAGAAGGUUAUAUUCAGUGUUCCCAGUUUCUGUAUGGUGUGCAGGAGAAACUGGGAGUAAUGAACAAAGGCAUCGUGUAUGCGUUGUGGGAUUAUGAAGCUCAGAACAACGAUGAGUUGUCAUUCCAUGAAGGAGAUGCAAUUACCAUUUUGAGGCGCAAAGAUGACAAUGAGACAGACUGGUGGUGGGCUCGUCUCAAUGACAAGGAAGGCUACGUGCCUAAAAAUCUCUUGGGGUUAUAUCCAAGAAUAAAACCUAGGCAACGAACUCUUGCCUGAAAACCAUCAUUUGGCAAUACAGUAUCUUGCUGGCAACUGGAAGUAUACACUGGAAACAUUUUCAAUCACAUUUCACCAGAAGUAAAGCUAUACUUGUUUUAAUUGGUGCUCUUGUUAAAUUGAUGGACAGCAUUUGAGAUUUCCAAUCUGAAGUUUGUAUGUGAGAUCUGUUCCAUGUUCACCCACCCAGUCAUUGGGAGAGGUACUCAACACAGCCUACAGUAUUUUGCCAAUUGAAUUAAAAGAACAAAACUUGUGCUAGAUGUUAAAAAACCUUUGCAAAAUGCAGAUAUGCUGUCUGAUCCAUUCUAGUCCGCAGUAACUGUCAAGGUCUUUAUUAAAAUUGUCAACUGAUUGUUGAGUUUACUGUGUAAAUCCUUGAAGAGCUUGGUAAGUUGGCACCUGGGAAUUACCAACAGUCCUCUGGUAUAAAAGGUGUUAUUAACUAACAGAGAAGCAUCAAUGCUGAAUGGAUUUUUGCACAUUUCUCAAAACCACGUUCCUUCACUUGAUGUUUUUUCAUGAUAUUCUGCUUACAGCACCACUUUAAACUUUCUCAAACACACCCACACUGAAUUCCAUCUUCUGGACAAACCUGCAUUCAUAUUUAAGGGAUCUGUAUGUCUAUAUGAAAGAAAAGUGCAAUAGUUGAGAAGGUAAGAGUCAGGUUAUAAAAAAGCUAAUAGGUUCCCUUUAAGGACCUUUAAAUCUUAUCUGUGAAAGUAGGGAGAGAGUCUGAAGGACUGAAUAAAGGCUGAGCUGGCUAUGUAGAGAGUGAAGGGAGAAUGAAGAGGACGUCUUGCUGUUUUGGCUGGGGCAGCAUCUGUGGUUCUUGGCAGCCCGGCAUCUUGUGCCAGGGUGAGUUAUGCAAUAACUUUAUCCACUAUCUAGUUUCGAGCAAAAAAAAAAAAAAAGCACUUCACUGGAAUAUUAGUUGUACAUUAUUUUAUAUACAGAAGUCUAUUUUGAACUUCCCAUUAUGUUGUAGCCAUACGUGUUUUAUAAUUUCCUCCCUGUAUACUGUAGGCCAUUUGGCUUUAUUCAUGUACACGGUGUGCAUAAUUUAUAUAUCCAUUGAUGCAGUGCUGUAACUUGCUUUUACCACUGUUUAGCAUUAAUUGUAUAUAUUGUGGUGAUGAGAAGUGGAAGGGUAUUGUAAAAGAAUAUUUGCUAAAUGAAUGUGAGUUAAAAGCCUAUGAUACACUGCUAAUCCAGUGUGCACAAUAAAACUACUGCUAAGGUA